UCAUUUGUGCACUGUAAAAAGUGUCGAUGUUGUGGCAUUUAUAGUCAAUAUGUUACAAAAUUAUUUAUAGUUAUGAGUUAAUUAUUAAAAUCAUAGUUACCUAGUUAAUAUAAAAGAUUACAAGUAAUGUUUUUGUUAAUAUGACGGAAGAAAAAACAGUUGAUAUAGAGCAAGAGCUCGACGAGCUCUUGACUAAAGUCCAGCCGAACCUUCAGGAUGUUAUUAAAAGAAGUUUUACUAAUGUGGCGUUGCAACAGACCAAAAAUGGAGAGCAAAUUAAACCAGAUACUUUGGAAGACGUUUCCUAUUUUGCCAAGAAUACACAGGUGAAUCUAACCAGAUUAGAAUUACUGAGACCUCCAACAUUCCACAUGCAAGCGGUAUCAUUAGACCUGAAAUCAAUGGGGCUAACUUUAAGAUGCUCCCUUGGAGAAGUAAAUAUAAAAGGACUGUAUAAUGCAUUUAAUGAGAACCUCUAUAACCUCAUACCGGUCAUGGCCGAAGGACAUGUUCUUAUAUCAUUGUCAAAUGUGACAGCAGACGUUAAUGUUGGCUUAGUGAUCGAAGAUGAUGCAUAUUCAUUUAUUAAUCCUGGAAUAGAAUUCUCUCAUGAUGAAGUACUUGUUAAGUUAUCCUGGCCGUCGCCGCAAAGAAGUGGAGGUUAUGAAUUUAUAACAACCGAGCAGCUGGCUAAGCAUAUAGAUGACCUGCCUCUCACCGCCGCGAUGUCUCUGCCCCUAUUCGCUUUACUCCGACACAAAUUAGAGCGACAUUUGAAACAAGUGUUACGGCAGGCCACCAGCGUCUCAGAAGUUAUGUGCUGUAAUCCAAGUCUGCUGGAAGCGUAUAGUUCAAUGGUGGACAGAAUAGCGGAGAAUGGUAACAGGGUGGUCGAUCUGGUGUUAAUCAAUAUGAGGAGAACGUUGCUACAAACGCGUCGAGAAGUUCUCGAACUGCCGCCGUUACAUGCUACAUUUUUGCACAAGAUAGGGUCAACAUCGUUCAUAGGUAAAUUGGAAACUGACACGGGCUGGAUUAAGAACCUGGCGACCAUAAACAGGAUCAACGACGUCAGCGUUUCAAGGUCAGACCCGCUGAAGACCACGUUCCACGUCACACUCAGUAUAAAGGACCUGCAGGUGGGCUACGAGGAGUACCGCGUGAAGGCGCUGGGCGUGUCGUGCGGCGGGCGCGUGUCGGCCGCCUUCCGCGACAACCGCCUGCGCCUCGCGCUCAGCGUGGGGCUCGCGCGCUGGGAGCCCUACGCGCAGCUCGACGACCUGCGCCUGCUGCGCCUCGAUGGCAUGGACAUGCACGCGAGCGGGCUGGGCCCGCUGAGCGCGCUGUGCGCGAGCGUGCGCGCGUGGCUGCGCGCCGCGCCCGUGGCGGCCGCGCUCGGCGCGCAGCUGCAGCACGAGCUGCGCACCGCGCUCGCCGAGCUGGCGCUGUGGGACCUCGCGCGGCCCGGCUAGAGCGCCCGGGUGUAUACUAGCACCUGUUUGUCGAAACGCGGUAUUGUUUCGUUACGUGUCCGUGAGACAAUAUUACUUUGCGAUGUAUUCGUAUACGUGCAUUGUAUUCGUUUAAUGUAAAGUCUUAGUUAGGCCUAUUUAUAUUCCUGUUUACAAAUUAUCGUCUGUGAUUUUGACAGAAAGAACGAUCGGGCUGACAAUCAAGUUCAGUAAGUGAAUAUUGUUAAUUCUAGGAGCGUUCCUUUUAUACCAUAAUACAUAACGACAAUGAUAUUAUUUUAUUAUUAAGAUAUUGAAGUGUAUGGAUUAAAUUAUUGUUUUAGCUAAUAUAGGACAUCUCAAAACAUCACACUGUCUCACGAGCAAAACAUAAAUGGAAUUAAAAUAUAUUUAAAUUAAAAGCAAUAAUUUUAUUGAUAUUAAUUGAAUUUAAUUUUUUUAUAUAAUUUUAUAGUUCACUGUAGUUGUUAUAGUUUAUCGUUAAACUCACCGUCCGAUGAUACUAAAUAAAUUGUUGUUAUUUUUUUAGUUCAAUGUUUGUUUUAUCAUAAAACAAGCGAUGAGGUUGUAUGUUCAUGUUCUUGUUAUUAUUUUAAGAAUAAAAUAAUUAUAAGCUCAAUUUAGUGGGAAAAGUAUGAAACAAUAGACUAGUAUAAAGAGUUACAAACAAUAGUAAUAUUUACAAUACGAAAUUUUUAUAUUUAUAUUUCAUAAUUUCUUCAAUAAUAAAUACUUAUUUCUGCAUUUUAGAUUUUUAACUGGUGAUAGGGCUUUGUGCAAGCUCGUCUGAGUAGGUACCACCCACUCAUCAGAUAUUCUACCGCAAAACAGCAGUGCUUGGUAUUGUUGUGUUCCGCUUUGAAGGGUGAGUGAGCCAGUGUAAUUACAAGCAAAAGAGACAUAACAUCUUAGUUCCCAAAGUUGGUAGCGCUUUGGCGAUGUAAGCGAUGAUUAACAUUUCUUACGAUGCCUAUGUCAAUGGGCGUUGGUGACCACUUACCAUCAGGUGGCCCAUAUGCUCGUCCGCCUACCAGUACUAUAAAAAAAGGUUCACCUGUCACAGUGUCUGUCAAGUUAAAACUAAUGCAUUGAAAAAGAAACUACAAAAUAUUUUUUUGCUAUCGCUCUUAUAUUUAAUACUUUUUGUUACCUUAGUAUAAUUUAUCUCAUAAA